CACUGCAACCUCCGCCAGACUCGACGCAUCCUUCUUGACUUGGACUAGUUCGCAAAGUCACCCCUCUUGAAAAGGAAGGAUGCUCUUUUCGACCUCCACCUUUGGUUUUUGAGGUCAUGUGAUAAUAUAGGUAGCCAGGCUGUGACUGAAGGGUGCUCUUGGGUGAGAUUAUCGAUAUUGGCUUGAGUGGAACUAUCUUGUGGUGUCAGGGGACAGUUGGUAAGAUGUUGACUCAAAGACAGUUUGACUGGAUGAAGAAUUAGAUGCAAGCUGUCCUCUCAACUUCAGUUUGGACAAAUCAAGCCUGAAAACGUCAUCUCUGUGGCUUUCCAUGACAAUGGUGAAGGUGGAGGUUCUGGAUGGCAGGACCAGGCAACAGCUGUGUUUUCUAGAUAAGGUGGAGCCCCAUGCUACAAUAGGAGAAAUCAAGAGUCUUUUUCACAAGUCAUAUCAACAGUUGUAUCCAGCUCGACAGGACCUCAAGCUCGACCCCAAAGGAAAAUCACUGAGGGAUGACGAUGUAUUACAAAACCUACCAGUUGGGACCACAGCAACCAUGUAUUUUAGGGACCUGGGUCCACAGGUCGGGUGGACAAUGGUGUUUUUAGCGGAGUACAUUGGUCCCCUGUUUAUCUACCUCCUGUUCUAUUUCCGAGUUCCGUAUAUCUACUCACACCAGGAUGCCUUCACCUCCAGCCCCUACUCAGUGGUCACACUAGCCUGUGCCUGUCACACCUGCCACUACAUCAAGAGGUUGAUUGAGACUAUCUUUGUGCACCGGUUCUCCCAUGGUACCAUGCCUCUCAGGACUAUAGUCAGGAACUGUGUAUAUUACUGGGUCUUCUCAGCAUGGUUAGCGUUCUACAUCAACCAUCCACUGUACACACCACCAUCGUAUGGGGAUAUGCAAGUGAACUAUGCACUGGCCAUAUUUGUGCUCUGUGAGUUAGGGAAUUUCUCCAUUCACGUGGCCCUGAAUAACCUCAAGGCAGAAGGUGGGCCCAAGUGCAAAAAGUUCCCUCACCCGACGAAGAACCCAUUCACAUGGCUGUUCUUCUUCGUGUCCUGCCCCAAUUAUACCUACGAGGUAGGAGCCUGGGCGAGUUUCUCUGUCAUGACCCAGUGUCUACCAGUGGCCUUGUUCACCUUCUUAGCGUUCAUUCAGAUGACUAUCUGGGCCAAAGGGAAGCAUAAAACCUACGUCAGGGAGUUUAUGGACUACCCCAAUCUGCGUAUGCCAAUAAUCCCGCUCCUCCUCUGACCACACUACAAAGGUUUACCAUUCUGACUGUAGAAGUAUUGGGGGCUUCAGCCUGCUUGAAAGGUUGUGGUGAUUAGUGGGUCACUGUGUUUCACACAAAGCAAGAAGACCCACUGCUCCUUCAUCUAUAGCCAUGGCAAUGGUCUGUUAUCUUUUCAACAACCACUAUGCAAGGAUAGACUAUGCCAUUGGCUUGGAAAGAGAAGCAAACUAACAGUGUUAAGGAUUCAUAGACAUGGAGUAUUGUUGAUGUGUGGAUUCACUUUUUAUGAAUAUACUGUCUAAUAGUGAAUUCACAGAAAGGAAUAUGUCAUCUCAACAAUACUGUUGAUUAACUGCUUAUGAGAAUGUUCCCAUUAAUAAUGUUUAGUUAAAUGAUUGAAACACAUCUAUAUUGAUGAGUUAUUAGUAUUAGUCAUGUUACUGACCAUGAUGAUUGACUGUUACAAUGCAGCUUUAGACAGUGGAAAUCAUCAGAAACUAUGAAGUUAUGAAUAUAUGAUUGAAGUUAUAUAUAAUCUACCAUAUUAUUUAGUUAUAAGUUAUUGUGCAUUUGCUAGAGGAAAUGUGUGUAUGUAACUUGAUAUGAUAUACCUGUUUAGGAAGUCUUCAGGAACAAUAUUUAUUAUGGCUGACGUGUAACGGGGCUAUUUUCAGUAUUUGCAGAGUAAGUAGAGUAGGGAAAGCGGAGUGUGUUAACUGAGAAGUGUUCUAGAGCCAGGAAAAUGGAAAAUAAAACUUUAGCAGAUGUUCUAAGUUUUAAAGCAGAUUUUUUCCCCCCUCUACAAUGAAGCUGUACAUGUUUGAAUGUAACGAGCAACCUGAUGAUUUUAACUUUGUGAGACGAUUGAGGAUAAUUCACUGAUUUAUUACUUUAUAUAUUGUUCAAUAUAACUACAAUCUGACAAAUUCUCAGGAGUUACUAGAUGUAAAAGGUACUGUUACAUACUGUACAAAUUACAGCCAAACUUGUAUAAAGUGUACA